CUGCUGCAUGCUGCUGUUCUCACACAACUAUCACCCUCAAUAGAACACAAGCUGCUCACAUAUUCUGCAGUGACGGGUGGGCUCUGUUGUGUGGAUCUCUCUACCAUCAUCAGCAUGAUUAUAAGCAUUGCUCUGAUUUGGGCAGUUGUUGUGGGAUUUUGCUGCCUCCUCUGGCUUGCUGUGGGGAUAAGACACAGGCAACCAGGUGAGCCAGCAGUUGAAAAUGGUUUGAUCCCCUACUUAGGUUGUGCUCUCCAGUUCGGGGCCAACCCACUUCAAUUCCUCCGCAGCCGCCAGAAGAAGUACGGUCACAUUUUCACCUGCAAAAUUGCAGGCAAGUACAUCCACUUUCUAUGCGACCCCUUCUCUUACCAUUCAGUCAUCAGGCAGGGAAGGCACCUUGACUGGAGGAAGUUCCAUUUUGCUACAUCUGUCAAGGCGUUUGGUCAUGACAGCUUUGAUCCUCGCCAUGGCCACACCACAGAGAACCUCCAUCAGACGUUUCUGAAAACACUACAGGGGGAAGCUCUUCCCUCCCUUAUUGAGACAAUGAUGGGGCACCUUCAGGAUGUCAUGCUGAAAUCAGAUACACUCAGCCCAAGCAGGGACCACUGGCAGGUGGACGGCAUAUUUGCCUUUUGCUAUAAGGUGAUGUUUGAAUCUGGUUACCUAACUCUGUUUGGUAAAGAGCUUGGUGAAGACAAGUGUCAGGCUCGGCAGGAAGCCCAGAAAGCUUUGGUGCUCAAUGCUUUGGAGAACUUCAAAGAAUUUGACAAAAUCUUCCCGGCACUUGUGGCCGGCCUACCUAUUCACGUGUUCAAAAGUGCCUACAGUGCCAGAGAGAACCUAGCUAAGACCAUGCAUGCUGAACACCUGUCCAAGAGAGAGAAUGUGUCCGAUUUAAUCUCCAUGAGGAUGAUCUUGAAUGACUCCUUAUCUACCUUCAAUGACAUCAGCAAAGCCAGGACCCAUGUUGCUCUGCUCUGGGCCUCGCAGGCUAACACCUUGCCUGCUACUUUCUGGAGUCUCUUUUAUAUGAUCAGGAGUCCAGAUGCUAUGAAAGCCGCUCACGAGGAAGUGCAGAAAAUCCUGGGAGACUCUGGUAAGACAGUUGACCCCAGCGACCCCUCGCUGAAACUCACCAGGGACCAGCUGGACAACAUGCCUGUUUUGGACAGCAUUAUUAAAGAAGCCAUGCGUCUUUCCAGUGCUUCUAUGAAUGUGCGUGUUGCCAAGGAAGACUUCCUCCUUCACCUUGAUAACCAGGAAGCUUACCACAUAAGGAAAGAUGAUGUCAUAGCCUUGUAUCCUCCUUUGCUGCACUAUGAUCCUGAAAUCUAUGAGGAUCCCUAUGAAUAUAAGUUUGACCGUUUUCUGGACAACAAGGGUCAGGAGAAAACCACUUUCUACCGCAGCGGGCGGCGGCUGCGUUACUUCUACAUGCCCUUCGGCUCUGGGGUCACUAAAUGCCCGGGCAGAUUUUUUGCUGUGUAUGAGAUCAAACAGUUCUUGACUCUUGUUCUGUCUUACUUUGACAUGGAACUAUUAGACCCUGGUAUCAAAGCCCCGCCUCUUGACCAAUCCCGUGCUGGCCUGGGUAUCCUUCAGCCUACAUAUGAUAUAGACUUCAGGUACAAGCUAAAAUCCAGUCAAUAGGUUCUGUUGUGUUUAGACAGAGAGAUUAAAGUUCAUAUUGUAAAUAGUGUAUAUAUUAUACAGUUUUAAUGAAGAUCCAUAACUACAUAUAGAUGUUUUUUCUGCUUUACUUUGCUUCUGAAGAACAAAUGUUGCACAUAUGGGUGGAGCCCUUACGAAAGGCUUCAGAGAAUCUGGUUUAUAGUUUGUUAAAAGACAGACUGGAGACAUAUUUGAGAGACAAAUACAUUUAUAGUACUGACCACGAGCGGUUUUCAUGUUUGAUCCAAGUAUGCAUUUGAUCCAACUCAUGAUCCAACUACUAUUCACUGUUUGCCAAAGCAAAUGUCUGAGCUUUUCUAAAAUCCAAGCAGUCAGUUAUAAAAGGAAUUCACUGUGCCAUGACACUGACUUAAUAUUAUAUACGUAGUCUAAAGUAUAGGGAACAUUAACAUCACACGCAGGACCUCAGUGUCUUUUGCCUUUUUGCACAAUAAGACAGUUCAGAAACCUUGUGCUCAGAUUCAUUCUUUCUUUUCUUCUCUGAUAAAUGUAAACUCCUUCCAGGUAACCAUUGCCCUGACACAUAUAUCAUUUUGUUGUUCAUAUAAAAAUGAAAGUUAGCUUAUCAGGCUUUUAGAAGACAAAACAAAAAAGCAAAACAAACAAAACUUUGAUAAAAUAAAAUGAGAAAUUCUUUACUUAUCUUUAUAACUGCAGUGUGUUACCAUUAACAUUCAUCAGUGAAAUCCAUUCUUUCCCAUCUGUAUUUAUGUUCUGGUAUAUGUAAAUUGUACAAUGUGAGAAGUUGCUGCGGGCAGCCUUUUUAUCAGUGUACAAAUUGCUGCAAUCAGAAUCAUUUACUGUCCAUCAGCCUUGGAAUUUGCUCUUGCUGGCACUCUCUAAUGCUGUCAGCCAGCGCUGACCUUUAUGCUAGUGUGCUCCUACUUUUUUAGUAUCAAUAUUACAAGCCAUGCUGUUUAAUAAUGAUUUUAAUUGGUUCAGUGAUCAUCUGUAGACCUAGAAUGUAGGAAUGUGGUGUACAGACCCAUUGAUACUUUGGUUAGUUAACUCAGAUCAGUUGGAGAAUAAAUAUCUAAAUGUCAAUGGUAGAAGCAGCUGUAAAUAAUUUUACGUGACAUGAAUUAUAAACUUCAUAAUUCAUAACUGAGGUAGAUUAAGGAUAUGAAGGAAUGCUCAUUUGCACAAUGAAGGUGUCUGCGAUUGCUCAUUAAAAACCAUGUUUGGUUUUUAAACAGCACUCUCAGCUGUUUUAUAUUGUGAAUAAAACAGUGUGAGCUACAGUCUAAGAGGGUAAAUCAGUAUUUAUGUCCAUGCCAUAUUUAGAUGCAUUUACCUUUCUGCAAGUAGAGAAAACACAAUAAACCAAACA